CCUUACCUGACAGUGCCACAAGUGAAUGAUCAAUGCACUGUUCCCGGAUCAGCUACUGCCACAGUAAGCUGGAAUGCAGUAUCUGGCCUGAACACAGGCGGAGAAGUUGUCCAAUGUAUGGAAGCUUCACUGUUUGUGCCUCUUGACGGAGGCGUAGCUUUCGGUUUGGGAGCCCACACCGUGAACUGCCAGGUCAACAACAGUGGCAAUUGUCCUGUUAUGAAAGGCUUCACAUUUAAUGUUCUCGCAUCACCAUCAAUCAACGUACCGGAAGAUUUUGGUCACUGUACCCCAGCGGGACAGAUAUAUAAUUCAUAUACAGUCACGUGGGAUAGAGUAACUGCUACCAACACCAACGGUCAACCCAUUCUGUGUUUGGAGGGAAACAGGCAAGUGUUUCUCAACGGGGGAUCCUUUGGGGUUGGAUCUCACACCAUCACCUGCUCAGUUACCAACAAUGAUGGAUGCACCUCAGAGAAAAGCUUCACAUUUAAUGUCGUGGCAUCGCCGUACCUGACAGUGCCGGCAGUGAGAGAUCAAUGCACAACUUCUGGAUUGACCUCUGCAACAGUGAACUGGGCCUCGGUAUCUGGUGAGAACACCGAUGGACAACCAAUCGUUUGUUCAACUCCAGGUUUAUCUUCAGUCCCCCUCGGCGGAGGUGUGGCAUUUGGGGCUGGAGUUCACACCAUUACCUGUGAGGUCACCAACAAUGCCAAUUGCCUUGCAUCAAGGAGCUUCUCAUUUAAUGUCCACAGUGAGUAG